GGAUCUUGUGUUGUUUAGAGUUACAUGGAGGUCGUGGAAGUAAUCAAUAAUUUUAACAUCUUGCUUUCCGUAUCUUUAUAGUAUGUAAAUAUAUCAUUUAUAAAAGUUGGGUAUGUGUGUUAAAGAAGUGAGUGCGCGUGCGACGGUCGGCUUUUAAAUAUGCUUGUGUGUGGGCUGAAACCAACUGUUUUGCUGUCAGUGACAGAUGUCCUUGAUGAAGAGUGCCAAAACUGAAGCUUGCAAGUUCCCACUGCCCACAUGUGUUGAGCCAGCAAAAUAUGGGUCGAAGAGAGAUUAAAGACAAAUGUAGGUAGUUUGAAAUUGAGAUAGAGGCAAAUUUCUGUUCUGUUGCUUCAUGAAACAAAUAGCUCAUGUGGAAAUCGUGAUCAAAUUUGAGAACACUAGGUCAAAAGCAUCACAUUUGGGAAGAAUAAAAGCCAUGUUGUUGAAAGUGUGUUCGAUAUGGUGCAGAAAACUGCCUCAACUCAUCUCAUUUGCACCCCAUUUUCAAAACCUGCCCAUAUUAGCCUUAGUAGGCCCACUUGUAACCCUACCAGGAGUUCCAUUGUGUACCAGGCAACAUCAGCAGCAGUCACACAGUCUGUGGAUAAUUCAAGAGAAAAUUGUGUAUCUAAUAGGACACUUGUUCCAUUUCAUUCUCAAUCAUCUCCUGAAGAAUCCAUGAGGCUGAUUUUUCAGUUAGGGGCAAAUGUUGUUGUAUCAUCUGAUGCACAAGUGACAUCGAAUACAUUUAAUGUUUCAAAGACACAACCUGUACAUUCUAUGCAAAACAAAACACAUACUAGCCGUCACACUGGAGCACAGAUAAAUAUUCAAAAAAUAUCCCAGCCAGUACAAAGAACAUCAUCAUCCAACACAAAAUUUCCUCAGCAACAAGCAAGAGUAACACCAAAAGUUGCACAGGUGAUGCCUAAACCAUCUUGCAUAGUUGCAGUUCAAACACCAAAGCUGUUAACUCCACAGGAUCAUGACCAAAAGGAUGAUGUAAACUCGAGGAGAGAUGGAGAACAAAGUGCAGAAAUUCAUGGAAGAACUGGUAAAACAGUACCAGUGAACAGUAGCACAGCACCAUACCGGGUGCAGAGAAAGGAAACAAGAAUGGAGAUAGUGAAGUAUAUACUUCAGGAUCAUAAUUAUGGUGCACCUCCACCGAGUCCACAGCUUCAAGCUGCUCUGAUUCAACAUUCAAGACAUAGUACUGCAUAUGCUCUUCAUUCUGGAGCAGGAUCAUCCUUAGUUGCUGGUAGUAGCUCAUCUAUUGGUCACUCAUAUAGUCAAGGUUUCCUGCUGAAUGUACGUAAGUUGAAAGAUGUUGUUGUUCAUGAUGAUGAUUAUGAUGAUGAUGAUGAGACAAAUAGUGCAAUCAGCAGUGGCAGUGAGCGUGAAAUAGAUCCUCUGGGCGAAGAAACCGAAACGGCUCCUGAGGACGAAGGGAAUGAAGAGGACAGUAUUACACGUUGUGUGUGCAAUUUCCAACAUGAUGAUGGUUACAUGAUAUGCUGUGACAGAUGUUUUGUGUGGCAGCAUGUUGAUUGCAUGGGAAUUGACAGAACAAAUAUACCAGAAGAAUAUCUGUGUGAAAAGUGUCAACCACGAAGGGUUGAUCGCCAUAGAGCUCGGGCUUUGCAGCUACGUAAAAGGGAAGAGUUACUGAACAGUAGCACUUCUGGUGAUUCGUCAACUGAAACUACGUCUGAUGGUGAUCGUGCUGGUGAAGAUGAUAAUGACAAUGAUGAUGAUGACGACGAUGGACGUAGUGGUGUUGGCGGUGGCAGCAGUAAUGAUAAUGCCAUCAAUAAUGAUGAUGCAGUGCCAAAUGUAACUGCCCGCAGAAAACGGCCAUUGACUUCUCGCAGGAAAACAAGAAGCAUUUCUAGCAAUCGGAACAAAGGACAAGUCAGUAGUAAUGAGUCCCCAGUAACUGUAGUAGUUACAAGGCAAAGACUCCGUCGUGACUCCACAAAGGAGCAACCACAACAAGUCAGUUCUGGAAUGCAAAGGCGUUCCAGUACUGCUCAGAAUAGACGAAAAGAAGUACCUGCUAAACCUGCUGUUUCACCAGAGAACAAACGAGUCUCAAUGCGACUAAAAAUUAUAAAGAGUAAAAAUCUUGAUAGUGACAGUGAUACUCCAGAAAUUGAAACAAUGCAACAGUUACGUCAGUGGAUUACCCACUAUGAAGAAGCUGUAACAAAUCAUUAUUCACCAGAGCUUCGUGCAAGGAUUGCUAGCAUUAGAGUAAAUGGUGUGCAUUCCGAUUUGAGACCUGGCAGUUUAAACACUGGUGCAGUCAGAUGCCGUGUGCAGCAGUUGUCACCAAGUGUGAGAAUCCUUGUUUCAACUGUGCAGUUGUCAACAAACCAGCCAGUAAUUGAGUUGCGAGGAAAAUAUAUGCUUUCAUCUCAGCACAAAUCACCCCAGUCAAUUGCAGGGCAUAUGAAGCGUGCAAGACCGCCCCCAGGACCAUUUAUAUUUUUUUAUCGGUUACCAAAAGAGGGAUCUGAAGUAUGUGUAGAUACAAGAACUUAUGGGAAUGAUGCAAGAUUUGUACGAAGAUCCUGCAGACCAAAUGCAGAGAUUAGGCACUGCAUUGAAAAAGGUACUCUACAUUUGUACAUUGUCACAACUACUAAUAUUGAAAAAAAUAGUGAGAUAACCAUCAGUCAUGAUACACUACAGGAUUCAGAAGGGAACCCUACAUCAUGUGCUUGUGGAAAUUCUGCUGAAUGUUUGGCACUCAAUCCUAAAAAACCUACGCAGGAGGUGUCAGAUCGUGAGCAGCGCCGCAGGAGUCGUCGCACUACAUCCUCAGAAGAUGGGGAAUCAUCCCCAGCAACUCAGCAGAUACAACAGAACACUUCUACUGCAGCUCCCCGUCGAAAUGUGAUCAGCAUAAAACUACCCACUCAGAAGACAGAAGAACCUCAGCCAGAGAAACUAUCACCUGCUUCAUCGUCUGACGUUACUCAGGAGCCAGAAAAAAAGAGAAAACUCACCAGGGAAGAACGAAAAAUGGAGGCAAUAAUGAAAGCUUUUGAGAGACUUGAAAAAGCUGAGCAGAGACGGCAGGAAAAUCAAGCCAAACAAGCACAGAAGAAGGAUCAUGAAACUGUAAAGAAAGAGUCACGUACUAGAAAGGAAAGAAGGGAAAGGACUAAAUCAAAAGAGAAGGAUAGUCCAAAAGAGAAGAGUGAAUUGCCACAAAAUAUGAAUAAGCAAGGACCUGAGAAACCAAGAAGGAGAAGGCAUUCUGCACUUGUUCGUAGGCGAAAGGGUCGUCGGCGUAGAAGUAGCAGCUCCCAGCAGCAAGCAUCUUUACGACAAAAGCACCAUACAAGAUUGAACUCCAUUAGUUCAAAUGCAUCGUCAGUUGAUGAAACGGCUGAAAACCCAGAAUCUAAUGAAGUAGAACAAUGUGCUGGAGCUCCUGAAAGCAAUGUACCUGAUUCUACACAGGCAGGUGGCCUAUCAUCAGCAGCUGAUUUAUUACUUGCAUUUGCAAGUGCAAGUUCACCUCAGCAUACAGAUGAAACCUGUGAGCAGGAAAACUUAACACAGCAAGAAGGAACUCAGUCAACACCAGUUACACCACAGACCCAAAUUUCAUCAAAUCCAGCUAUGUUUGGCACUGUUUGUGAUAGUGGAGGAAGCAUUAGUUCACAGGGCUCAACUCCACCAACCAAUCUUUCUUCAGCUUGUCUGCUUGUAGCAGCUGCUGUUGGUCCUCUUGCACCAGGUUUCAAAUUCCCAAAAACUAAGAAGGUUCUGAUGAAUGAAUGGCUAAGCAAGUCUCCAGAUCCUCCUGCAGUACCACCUUUACCUUCACCACCAGUACCAAGUGACUGCCCAAGGUCCUCAGCUGGUUUAGAACCUGGAAUAAAUCGGCUGGUACAAGGGCCAGCUUCAGCAAAAAAGAGGUGGCUUCGUCAAGCUAUAAGUGAAGAAUGCGAUUCUCCAAGUCCCAACAGUCGACCAGACUCACCACCUUCUCAAGAUUAUGUAACACCGCUGAAGAAACGCCGUUUGGCUAGAACAUCUGUAUCAUCAGAACGUUCUUUUACACCACCCACUACUCCAACGAUGUUAGCAGAGCACCAUACAGCUGAUGCAACGAAAGGUGUUUCACAGUAUGAUGCAAACUGUGACAAUUUCAGGGUGAGCUGUGAUGAAGACGAUACUAAUGCCUCCUUGGAAGACAGCCAGUCUAUUCAUGAAGAGGAAGAGGAAGAAGAGGAGGAGGAGGAGGAGGAAGAGGAGGAUCAGUAUGGUGCAUCAGGUUGUGAAGCACAAGAACCAGCAUUACGGCCAGUUCAAGAUUCUGCUGUAGAACUGACAUACAAUGUAAACAUUGAACAAAACCAAAGUCAUGUCAUCAAGGCUGCACAUCCCACUGUUAUACGCCAGCAACAUAAUUUUGGGUCUUAUCCUCAGUAUGCUGAAUCUGAAUUUGCUGGAUUAGACAAAAAUUUCAGGAAUGCAGAACAAAAAGCGAAUUAUGUCUCACAACAGGACUGUGAAAUAAAUUGUGAUUCAGCCCCUAAUGAAAUAAUAAGUGGAGAGGCCAGCAAAUUUCCUUAUAAGGAGUCGAGAAAUGAAGAUUAUGAUGGCACUGGUGGUUGUGGUAGUGGCGCUGGUGGUAGUGGUGAAGGUGACAAUGAAGAAGAAGAUGAGGAUGUUGACAUUGAAGAAGAUGAAGAGACAGAAGAAGUAGGUGAUGACAUUGAUGAUGAUGAUGAUGAUGGUGGUGGUGGUGAUGGCCACAAUGAUGAUCAUGAUGCUGCUGGUGGAGAGGAUGCUAAUGAUAAUGGGGAUGAAGAAGAUGGUGAUGUUGGUGGUUAUGAAGCUGUAUCAGGUGAAGGACAAGCUGGAGGAAGAGGAGGAACCUCUGGGACAGACGUAAUGGAUGAGGAAGGGGAGCAUGAAGGCAAUGGAAUAGGAAACAAAAAGAAGGAAGAAGAUGAUGAAGUGUCUGUAAGGGAUGACACAGAUAUCGAUGAGUGUGCACCAGCAGCCAAACAAACAAGCAGCACUUCACUGUUUUGUAAUGAAACUCGGAGGGAAAGAGGCAUACUGCAAACAUCUCAUAACUAUAGAUUUACAUCUGCAGAAUGUUCUGUGAUAAGUUCAUGUAAAAGUGCAGAAGGAGAUGAGGAACACACUAGAAUCAUAAACCCAUGUCAGUCAGUUCAGAAAAGUCUUGAACAGAAAACAAAACAAGAAGAGAGAGUGAACACAGUCUUGGUUCAACCUGCCAAGCGCAAGGUCAGAACGCUUUCCAUAUCUGAAUACCGUCAGAGAAAACAACACAGUGGUUGUGGGUCAGAACAGGGGGUCAUUAAAAAAGAAAGUACAUGUUGUUCACCAACAAUUAUAAGGAGUCGUUCAAGCAGUACAAGCAGCACUUCAUCCGUGUCACAGGAUGAGGAUCACCCACAAAGAAAUACUAUUGACAGUUCUCCAGAAUCAGCAGCUCUACCGCUGAUUGUAAAUACUGAAAGUGUUGAUGAUAAAAGAGGAAUAUCUGAUGAUGUAAACUACAUGAGAUGGAAUUGUGCUCCCACUUUAGUGGAGAGAGAGCGAGAAAAUUUAACAGCGCGUUUGCGCCGUGAAUUUGGCCUUUUUCGUAGUGAAGAAGAGGAGCGGGAAAGAGCUAGAAGACAAGGUUUAAUACAAGAGAGUAACAGUGAUCUAAAACGGAAACUGCUGUUACCUCAUCCUCCACCUCAGAUUAUCUCUCAUUCAGAUUCAGUUAUGCCACCAAAUACAUUGUUAUCACCACCUAUGGUAAGCGUCUAUUCAGCUGCCCAUAAGAUAUGUCCUUACAGCUCUGACAGUGGAAACUAUUCUUCUGGCUUAUACACACCGACUUUACAUGCACCAGUUGUUAGUGGGCCAGCAUAUAGUCCAUUGUAUUCAAUGAAAGGACAAGUUUAUCAGCCCUUUACUGCAGGCCUUCAUCCCAAGAGCAGUGUCGCCACAAGUCCAGUGAAAGGUAAAAUUGGUGUCUUACCAGCUGCUACAUUCCUUGAGAGUUCAGAGUCAGCAUCGGUAGCACACAGCAUCUCUGAAAGCCAGUACCUGGUUCGAGGGACAUAUUCUGAACCAGUGAUACCACAAAGCUCUCCAAAAGAAACCACAUCACACUAUGUUGGGCACGUAGCAGUCACUCAUACCACAAGCACAGCGAAUCCACAGCCAUUCUAUUCGACUGCAUCCGAAUCAUAUUUGAAACCAUCAUCUCAUCAUUGAACUGUUGCUGUACAAAUUGAAUAUAGUUGAUCUCUAUAAAGUUUUUAAUAUGUUAUUCUGAUAAUGCAAAACAUAAAGUGAGAGCUGUUAAUGAGAAAUGAACAUUAUAUUGUAAUGUGAUGAUUAUAUUUUAUAUAUAAAUAUAUAUGGAUUUGUGGAAUAUGAACUUUCUACUUUUUAAGAUCUUAGCAAAAGAAGAAUUAUUCUCACCUUUCAAGACGUGUGAACUUUCUCAUGUUUGCUUAUAAUGUAACUGUUUUUAAUAAGAAAGUGAAAUUUAACAAUUGUGCACGCUAAGCAUUACAGUUUCUGAUUUCAGUGUUGCAUAGCUUAUUAUUUCAGAUUUAGCACAACUGUAAUGAAGAAAAUGGUUAACAUGAGAAUCAGCUGAGCAUUAUUUGUUGACUCCCAUUAGAUGUCUGCAUGUAGCACUUGACUGAACCACUGUUAGUUAACACUUUUUUUUAAGCAUUUGUUGUGAAAUAAUUUAAUAGCUGCGCCUCUGAGAAUUUUAUUUUCACUCUUAUAGAGUACCUUUCUCAAGCUAUCCACUGUUACCAAAUGGUUUACAAUUAUAAUUAUUAUUAUCACCAUCAUUAUUAUUACUAUAAUAAGGAUGCAGGCAUGUUAUUGUAAACUGACCAAAGUGAUUUCUGUGAUUUGCUUGUGGAUAUUAUGCAUGUAACAGCUAGUAGUAGCUUUUCCAUUAGACAUUUCAUUAUCCCAGUUAUCAACUUUACAGUAGAUGUUUGUUUCUCAUUUACUUUGUAUGUUACUGAAGUGUUUUAAAUGUUAUGUUGUCAAUGGUGUGGAUGUCAGAUUAGCACUGCUGAGAAAGAAACUUGUAACUGUACAAGGAAAGGAUGUAUUAGUUAUAUAUUUCUCUCUUUCCUUGAGGAAAUGUGAACUUUGUUUAACAAAUAGAUGUUAGGAAGAGAAAGGAAGAUGAGUUGCUUAACGGCAUUCAUAUUCAAAUCUGUUGCUGCAAAAUAUUUCUAGUUGUUACUUGUGAUUAUGGCUAGAGCUUGAGUAUUUAUUUUAUUGUUGCCUGGUCCAAGAUGAAGUUAAUGAAACUCUCUCUUCCAAAUGUUUUAUUUUAUAACCUGUCUGAGAAAUAUAUGUUCUCAGUGUU